AUUACAAUGUUAACCUCAUAGUAAAAGGAAGACAUAUAGCAUUUGAUGGAAAUUUUUAAGCGCUCUAAACUAUUGAUUAUUUCAAUUUUAAUGUACUUUUAAUGGGAUAUGGUGAGGUCGACUGAUUUUAUUCUGGAAGCAGGAGAAUUUUUAAGUGAUGAUUUAGUGCCAUUAAACAGGAGACAAGCAGCUUAAGCUUAUUUGAAGUAAGAAGAAUAAGAAUUAUAAUAAUAAAUGAUGGUUCAUUCUCAAGGCUCUCAAAAGAGAGAUACUUUAGAAUAAAGUAAAGUCCAGACUUCAUUGCAAUUAAAGAAUUUCUUAAGAAAUUCAGAGCAAAUAGAAUAGAUUGAUAAACCUGAUUGGAUGCAAGAGAAAAAUAAAAGAAUAGUUUAAUUAAGGGACUUUCUACAAUAGUUAGAGAAUUUUGAGUGGGAAAAUAACACAAUAAUUAAAGAAAGUCAAUCCUUAUUAAGAAAUAGGGAAAAUGAGGAUAAGAAUAAUGAAUUGUAAUUACGAAUACAUAAAUCUGCAAUAGGAAUAAAAAGAAAUGAAGGGACGGGAUUCUUUAAUUGCAUUUAUUAGUUGCUUUUCUAAAAUCAAGAAUUAGUGGAGUAAAUCCUCAACUUGCCUAAUCUUAAUAAUAAGGUUGAUCAAAAUGUAAUAUUUGUAUCUUAUUUAGAGUUAAUAUCUAAAUGAAUUGCAAUAUUUAUUUAGCUCUUUCAUUCUUUCAAAUUAAAGAUACGUUAAAGAUUCUAACCUUUUAGUUGCAGCCAAUAGACUGAACAAAUUGAUAAUUAUUGAUGGUUAGAUAAACUUUGCAUAGCAACUUGAAAAUCAUAUGGACAUAAUUAACAAAUGUUUAAUGGAUAUAAAUAAAUAGAACCACGUUUCAAUAUUUGAUAAUGCAUUUUAAUCAUUUGUAAAUGUCAAAAAGGGUGGAUAAAAAUCUAUAUACUUGAAAUUCGAAUAAGAGGAUAGAUCAUUUCAUUUAUCUUUGUUAAAACAGAUUGAAAAUCUUUAAUCGCUUAAAUAAAAAUAAUCUUUCAAAACUUAUUGGGCUUUUUAAAUAAACAGAAGGGAAAAAGAAUAAGAAAACAGUCAAAACAAUGUGGAUUAUUGGUUUAGUUAAAAAAUAGAUUUAGAAAUUUUAUUUUCUUCAGCGAAAGCAGAUUAAGUUUUAUAAAUUUUUGAGGAUCAGGUCAAUGAGGAUACUAUUAAAGAAAUCAAAAAAUGUAUUAAUAAUGAUUGAUAGUAGCAUAACAAAUUUAUAACUCAUUACAUGUAGCCAGUUCUAUUCUAAGUGAAAAGGUUCUCAUUUAGGAAGAAACAGUACAACACUUAAAAGUAGAUAGGCAGGAUAAAGAGAAGUAAUUAUAAAAAUACUUACCGUUUAAUAUGAAUGUUAUUCCGAGAGAUGAUAGCUAAAAUUCUAAAUACAUUUACUGUCUAUAAGCAACAGUCAUUGAAAUAUAAGAGGAGAAUGAUCACUUAUUUUACAUAUACAUCUAUAACUUUCAUGAAGAAUAAUGGUAUAGGAUGUGCGAUUUUGAAGUGUCUAUUGUGAGUGAAGAUUUAGUCUUAAAUGAUACUCGCAAGAAUGGAUGUUUUUUAGUCUAUGUUUAGCAAUAAUAGAUUUAAAAUUUGAGAGGGUAUUAGAAGACAAUAUCUGAAAUCUUCAGAAAGGUGCAAAUAAAUCAAGGAGACAUAUCAAGGGAAAUUCUCCAAGGAAGUCAACUUUUGGAUGGCUUGAAUCCAAGUCAUAUAGAAAGGAUUCAGAAUACUAAUAGAGAAAAUAUAAAGAUACUUGAUGAAGAGUUGAAUAUUGAAUUUAAUAAUUGA